CAGCACCCGGCGGGGGCGGUUAGCUGUCAGGCGCUGACGGGGGACGGGCGCGCCCAGUUGGUCGCCGCUUCCCCGGCGGCGGCUGAGGCGUCGUCGUCGCUGCUUGUGAAGAGAGGGGAGGGCCUUCUCUCUCCGGCUCCCUCGCUCUUUCUCCGGCCAUGGACGAGCAGGCGGGGCCCGGCGUCUUCUUCAGCAACAACAACAACAACAACGCGCUGCUCCUGCCGCCGCCGCCGGCCUCCUCUUCCUCCUCUCCCUCCUCCUCUCAGGCCGAGCCUGGUGAAGCGGCGGCAGCGGCGGCAGCGGCAGCGGCUGUGGCAGCGGCGGGAGGCGUCGUCGGCCCAGCGGGUGCCUCUCCGUCUUCUGUUUCUCCUUCUUCGGGAGCGGCGGUGCCGGCCUCUGCGGCGCGGGCUCAGUACAGCGUCCCCGGCAUCCUCCACUUCCUGCAGCACGAAUGGGGCCGCUUCGAGGCCGAGCGCGCCGAGUGGGAGGCCGAGAGGGCCGAGCUGCAGGCACAAAUUGCCUUCCUUCAAGGAGAAAGAAAAGGACAAGAGAAUCUGAAGAAGGAUCUAGUGCGGAGAAUAAAAAUGCUGGAAUAUGCUCUUAAACAAGAAAGAGCGAAAUACCACAAAUUAAAGUAUGGCACUGAGCUGAAUCAGGGGGACAUGAAACCUCCAAACUAUGAUUCAGAUGAAGGGAAUGAGACUGAAGUCCAGUCACAGCCAAAUAGUCAACUCAUAUGGAAACAAGGGCGACAGUUGCUUAGACAAUACCUCCAAGAAGUGGGAUAUACUGACACAAUACUGGAUGUGAAGUCAAAACGGGUACGGACUUUGCUGGGUCUCUCAGGCGAUGGCCCAGACAGGGAUAAUGACAAAAACCAAGAAUCAAUGGUGAAUGGCACAGAUGCCGAGAUUAAAGAGAAGGUGAUGAUUGGGAAACCAGAUUUGACAGAUUCUGCCUCUCUACUAGAGACAUUUAAAUUCCUUGAAAAUGCUGCUGCAGAAUUUAGUGAUGAAGAUGAUGACGACGAUGUUGAUGGAAGAGAACGAACAAUCAUGGAUACAUCAACGAUUGUAAGAAGAAAGGUGGUGUCUGAUAAUAAUGACGACAGAGAUACUGAAGAAGCACUGAAGGAAUUUGAUUUUUUGGCCACAUCCGAUGAAGGAGAUGGAGAAUCUAGAAGUUCUGGAGAUGGAACAGACUGGGAAAAGGAAGACCAGUGUCUCAUGCCUGAAGCCUGGAAUGUGGACCAGGGAGUAAUAAGCAAACUGAAGGAACAAUACAAAAAGGAGCGCAAGGGGAAAAAGGGGGUGAAGAGAAAAACUACCGAAGAUAUGUUUCAGCCUCAGUCCUAUAUAAAACAGUCAAAACAGGGAUGUGGGAAAAUGAUGGAGCAAAAUGCAGGGCCCAACAGGUCAAAACUUCAAGAUAUGCUUGCCAAUUUAAGAGAUGUUGAUGAUCUGCCUGCAUUACAACCAUCUGUUGUGCCACCUACCAGACCCAGUACCUCACGGCUUAUUGAACAAGAGAUGAAUAGAACAGAUGAAGUGGAAGCUUUAACAUUCCCUCCUUCAUCUGGAAAGUCUUUCAUUAUGGGAACAGAUGAAGCCCUUGAAAAUGAGCUUGGUCUCGGAGAAUUGGCAGGGCUCACGGUAGCCAAUGAAGCAGAUUCACUGACAUAUGAUAUAGCAAAUAAUAAAGAUGCCCUGAGGAAGACUUGGAAUCCCAAGUUCACAUUAAGGAGCCACUUUGAUGGAAUAAGAGGCCUGGCUUUCCAUCCAGUUGAACCCGUGUUAAUUACAGCAUCUGAAGAUCAUACGUUAAAAAUGUGGAAUUUGCAGAAAACAUCUCCAGCAAAAAAGAGUGCCUCUCUUGAUGUCGAACCUAUAUAUACUUUCAGGGCGCAUACCAGCCCAGUGCUUUGCGUGGUAAUGAGUAAUAGUGGGGAGCAGUGUUACAGCGGGGGAACUGAUGGUCUCAUUCAGGGUUGGAAUACUACAAACCCAAAUGUUGAUCCAUAUGAUUCCUAUGAUCCUUCUGUCUUAAGAGGUGCAUUUGUAGGCCACACAGAUGCCGUGUGGGGCUUGGUUUACAGUGGAACACACCAGCGCUUGCUUUCCUGUUCAGCAGAUGGCACCAUACGUUUAUGGAAAGCGUUGGAAAUCUCUCCAGCUCUGAACAUAUUUAAUGAUAAUCAAGAAAUGGGGAUUCCAUCUUCUGUGGAUCUUGUGAGCAGUGACCCAAACCACAUGGUAGCAUCAUUUAACAGCGGGCAUACAUCCAUUUUUAAUAUGGAAACAAGGCAAUGCAUUCUUACCUUGGAAUCCGAUGUAGAUACUGCAGUUAGCUCUUCUUGCCAAAUAAACAAAGUAAUCAGCCAUCCAACUCUUCCAAUCAGUAUCACAGCUCACGAAGACAGGCACAUCAAAUUCUAUGACAAUAAUACAGGGAAAUUGAUUCACUCCAUGGUAGCCCACUUGGAUGCAGUCACGAGUUUAGCUGUUGAUCCAAACGGCUUAUACUUGAUGUCUGGCAGCCACGAUUGUUCAAUACGCUUAUGGAACCUAGAGAGCAAGACCUGCAUUCAGGAGUUUACAGCUCAUCGCAAAAAACACGACGAAUCUAUUCAUGAUGUGGCAUUCCACCCCACCAAAUGUUACAUUGCCAGUGCAGGAGCAGAUGCGCUUGCUAAAGUCUUUGUAUGAUGCAAUGCUUUGCUUCCCUUCUAGCUGCCAUGUAUAUACAACAUGCUGUACAGAAGACAAGGGCAGGGAUCUUCUCUUUGUGCCCUCUAAUUCAAAUGAAUGUUAGUAAUAGUUCAGGGUUUAGGAUUUUUUUGUUUUUGUUUUGCUUCAGGGUGCUCUUUUCUAAAUUAAAGGGUUGCUUGGUUAUAUGAGCUCAGUGAGUACUGAGACCUGGGAAACUCUUCAUUUCAGAAGGUCUAUAGAAGAAUCAUUUUAUUUUUGAAGACAUCAGUAUUUGUCCAGGCCGGUCUUGGGCAAAAUGGGAUCCCCUAGAAACAGUGUGGGCAAUGCAGAGUAGUCAGGUUUUUUUGUUUUAAAGCCAAUAGCUCAAUUUCUGUGGAGCGUGGGCAAAUAAAUUUUUUUCUCUCAGUUUCUUGUGGGAUUUUAUUUACAAAAUUCCUUAAAAUUGCCCUAGGGUUUUGUGAUUCAUGUAACCUGAAGCCCUGAGAUGAAUAGCAUCCUAUGUUCUUAUUUUGGUAUUGAAAGAUUGGUUAAUGUACCAAGUAAUAAAUGAUUCAGUCUUAUCCUACUGGGGUUACAUUAGAUGGACUGGGUUUAAAAUGUUAAAUAUUUUAAAAUAUUAAUGAAGUAAUUUGCUAAAUAAAUCAUAUAUAAGAUACACAUUCAAGCCCUUAAAAUUAUGGUUAGCAAGUGGCUGGAACCACAAUUAAUUCUGUAAUCUAACUUCAUAGAAUAUGGAGAACAUCUGUAUGCAAGAGACAGGAAACGUCAAAUGGUUGAUACACUCUGAUCAUAUUAAGAGCUUUUUAAAAUACUGAAACUUUCCCCCUUUCAACUAAUCUAGAAACGAUACCUUUAACAGGUCUUACUGUUAAAAUACAAUAAUAUUUGUUUUGUUUUUCGAGUACCCUCCUCUUCAAUUUCUCCUGCACACGUUUACACACAGCAUUGGAACUGUUAUCUUAUGGUAUGCUGUUUCAUGCUGCUAGGAAUUGCUUGAGUGUGAAUAUGAGUGUGUGUGAGAGAGAAGGAUUGGGCAUGAAUGAGGGGUAAAAUGAAUCAGCAAAGUAAAUAAGCCUGUCAGGACUUAGCUCCACAAUCUCAGAGUGGACUAGUGAUGUGGAGAGUAGAGGACAAAUGCAUUUAUUCUUGCUUAAUUCACAUAUUGCACAGCAUUAGAAAGCAUUGCUAUUCUGAGGGCGCAUGGAGUGAUUGGUGGCUGUCAUUCCAGUGCAAAAACUGUUGCAGAACAUUGAAAGGGUAUCUAUGUCUUUCAAAGCAGUAUAACAUCCUGUGAGUCUAAAAGAUUUAUCAUGAAUUGUACAAAGGGUUCUACUAUAAUCCCAGGUGGAAGUGACCAAAGGUUAAUGGCAUCGUCAUAUAGGAAAGAUAGUCUGCCCUAUCAACCUGUGACUUAAUCCUAUGGUUUUCACAGAUAGGACACAAAUAAUUGAUUUUGUUUUGGUGUUUUAAAAAAAGAACGAAACAAGCAAGAAUUAGAAAUUCUUUUGCAAUUAGAUCUUGGAAUGCUUUGAAUGCCACAGAUUUUAAGCAGACCAGAGAGUACAAUUUUUAGCACAGCUUCUUUCUGUUGGUUUUAAAAUGUAGAAUUCUACUUGUUUGGCAAUUUUUGAAAUGGUCACAUGGUAGUGGGAAAAAAAGACUCCAGUGGCAUGUUAAAGGCUAACACAUUUAUUAUGGCAUAUGCUUUCAUGGAUCACAGCCCUGUAAUCCUCAAAGAUUAUGACAUAAAAUGUUUGUCUUCAAGGUGACACAGAACUAUCCUGUUGGUAGAUAUUUUCUCUCUUGCACAUACUGAUGUUCAACAUAUUUUUCUUUAAUUCAACUAGCCUUUUAUUGUUUUAAAAAUACAGUAAUAAAGUGAUUUUCCUGAUUUUGAGUCAAAGCAGACAACUGUACUGUGUAAGACACAUUUAUCUUUUUCUGACUUCUCUAUAUGUGCUCCUGUUUUCUUGGUGUAUUCAUUUGUAAAAAGAAAUGAUACUACAGAAGUUUAUUUGGGAAAAAACAAAUACAUGAAGUUGUGUAUAUUAUGUGUGUGUACAUAUAUAUAUGUAUAUAGAUAGAUAUAGAGAGAAGUUGUAAACAGUAUGUAUUAAAUGCGUCUAAGGGAAAAUUCUCUAUGGGGUAAUUUUAAUGUUUUAGUAUUACAAAUUCUUCAAACUUUGUCAACUACAAAGAAUAAAAGGUAUGGGUAUUGUGCUCUUUGCUUAAGCAAUAUAAUACAUAGUUGCUGAUGUUUAAAUUGCUGUACAUAAAACUAAUAUGCCAGCAUGUUUGUUUUUAAGACUCCCAUUUGAUUAAAUUAUGAAUGUAAGGGAAAUAAAUGCUAUUCAGGGGUGGAUUGGAAGUCGUCCCAUCCUGUUAGUGAAUAUUUGAUCCAAGUGAAGUGACUUCUAAAAUAGGCAAAUAGCUAGAGGCUAAGGUGCCUUUUGACAAACAAAAUGUAGCCUUACUAUGAAGUUGUGGGCUCUGUAUUUGUGCUCUUCUCCAAACUCUGUGUUUGUGUCUGUCAGUCUCCUGCUUGCCUACUAUAGACUGCAUAGUACUGUGCACAAGUAUUGAAAUUCUUUGCGAUAUCAUCUUCAGUAAGAGAUAAGUAACUUUUUUUUAGUUUGAAUUAACCUCCUUCGAUUUACCUCUCAGUGUUGGGUUGGACCUCUUUUAUGCAUUUGAUACGCAUUUGAACGAGAUGGCCCACACCUUCUUAAUAUAGCAUUUGCUUAGAGUUGACCAAAUGCACUGCCUUCAUUUGGAUAUUUGUGGUUAGUCUACAUCUAAACAUUGAUCUUAAAUAGCCAGGCCAUCUGAUGCUUUGGCUUUCUUUCCUUGUUUUGUUCAAAAUAUUUGAUUUUUUUUUUUGAAAUUUUCUUCUAAUUGUCCUGAAUAUACUUUAGGGAUCUGUGUUUUUCACCUUUAGACAGGUAGUAGUAGCUCAGAAGUGCUAGAAAUUAUUUUUAUUCCUCAUUAGCUAUCUGUGCUUAGUUUUAACAAGUUAAAACAAAUAGAAUUGUUUUAGAAAUGCCCCUUGAAUUGCAAUUCUAUGCACUUUCAGUCAGAAGUAAGCCCUAUUGAAUAGGUAAAUUGUGCAGAAGAUUGCAGACUUAAUUUGAAUCAUAAUUGAAAGACCCAUGUCAUUUGUCUGAAAUGUGAUUGAAUAAAUUAGCUGGGUAUGAAUCAGUGUUGAUUUUGGAAAUUCACCAUGAAUGCAGAAAGUACUGUUGGCUAUGGUAUAUUUUAGGGAUGUCUCAACCAUAGAAAAGCUUUUUAUCAUACUGAUUUUUUUAAAGUUUCUGGGAAUGGCCAGGUUCAUCAUUGAGAGAGUAUAUUUCAAGAUAUAGAUAAAGUGCAAAAGGAAGAAAAAUACCCACUGACAACAUUCUUAGUUCAAGGUGGUUUUUUAAAAAAUGUAAACAAACAAAAAGACAAACAAAAAAGGUCUCUUUAAAAGUAAAUUGAAACAAAACUGUUUAUGGUACAUGUUGGGUAAACAUGUUUGUUUACCUGAUAAUAUGAAAGGUUCUUCUCAUUAUGGAAUUCAUGGAUCUUCUGUUAAUAAAUUAUUUAAAUUAGGUUAUUCUAAAGUAGAAAUGAAGGCAGUGACAUUUGGGAAUGGCUCAGCAAAGAAAAAAAUUGUGUAUGGUACCUGCAUUCUAUGUUAAGUAAAAUCAAACAGAUCUUGCUGAAGUAACACUAUACAGAGCAGCUUUAUUAAAUAUUACAGCAGCAAAUAAAUGUCCUUUGUACUAUGUAUUUAUGUAAAUUGGGUGCUAAUAAAUACUAUUUUUCAA